CGGCACUCUCCUGGUGGCGGUCGUUUUGUCGGCUCUCGGGUGCUAUCGCCCAGUCUCAGGUUCCGGAGCGAGUGCAGAUCGAGACAGGCUGAAGGCAGACUCUUGCCACCCCAGGCCCAGGAGAGGAACCGCUCUUCUCGCGUCCCUCCGCCUCUCCUGCCGCUCCUGGCCCCGCUCCGCCCACAGAGUCCGAUGGCGGCGGCGGCGCUGAGGGACCCGCCUCAGGCCUGUGUGACCUUUGAAGAUGUGGCCAUUUACUUCUUCCAGGAUGAGUGGAGGCUCCUUAAUGAGACACAGAGGUUCCUGUAUUGUGAUGUGAUGCUGGAGAACUUUGCACUUAUAACGUCCCUGGGUAAGGCCUUCAUAUUCCUCCCAGUGUCCUCAGCUGACCUCUGUCUUUCCCAUCUUUCCCUCUCUCCAGGAGACAGCUCUGUCCGUUCCACAGCUGGACCAUGGUCUCUGCUACCUUCCCCCCUUCCUGGCAUAUGUGCUGUGGGUGCCAGUGCUGAGCUGUGUGCACUGCCCCGAGCACUGUGCAAACAUUUACAUGGCUUCAUUCCCUGGCUUGAAUGUAUGUGUGUGACAUGCCUUUUUGUGGGACUUCCAUUUCCCAGUAAAGCUCACAUGCACAUUAUUAGUGUAGCUCUGCUUUCAGAUUGUUCGUGUGAAAUGGAGGAGGAUGAGGUGAUACCUUCUGAGCAGAGCCUUUCUGUAGGAGAGUCACAGGUCAGGACUUCUCAGUCAGGUCUGGAGUUCUCAGUCAGGUCCAUCCACCCAGAAGAGUCAUCUCUGUGAGAAAUGGUCCCAGUCUUAAAAGAUAUUUUGCAGCUGACUGAGCUUCAGGCAGCAUAUCCUGGGCAGACACCAUACUUUGGUGGGUACUCCAGAGGCUUCUGGUUGAACCCAAACCUUCACCAGUACCAAGAGCAUGGCAGUGGAGAAAAAGUCUUUAAAAUGGACAUGAACAGGGCCUCGAUUGUGAUGAGCUGCAUAUUCUAUGUGUCAGGGAAGCCCGUCCCUAGUGAGGAGACUGGAAAGGACUUCCUAGCUACCUUGGGCCUUCCUCAGCACCAGGCCACUCUCAACGGUGAGAAGCCACCCAGCAGCAUUGAGUGUGAGGAGGCCUUGAACAAUGGAGAAAGUCAUCUGAAGUGGAUUGAAUGCAAGAAAGUUUUUGGCAACACUCAUACACUUCACCACCAGAGAGUUUGCACUAGAGAGGGUCUUGAUGAGUGUGACAAAUGCAGAUACAGAUUUGUUCAGCACCAGCAAAUUCACAUUGGAGAGAGGCCCAAUGAGUGUAGUGAAUGUGGAAAACUCUUUAGCCAUAAAACCCACCUCAUUUGACACUGGAGAGUUCACACUGGAGCAAAGCCUUAUGAGUGCAGUGACUGUGGGAGAUCAUUUGGCCAGAAAUCCGAUCUCAUUCAACACCAAAGAGUUCAUACUGGAGAAAGGCCUUAUGAGUGCAGUGAAUGUGGGAAAUCUUUUAUCCAGAAAUCCGUCCUCAUUAAACACCAGAGAGUUCACACUAAUGAAAGGCCUUAUAAAUGCAGUGAAUGUGGGAAGAUGUUUAACCAAAGUUCUGGCCUCCUUCAACACAAAAGGGCUCACACUGAAGCAAGGCCUUAUGAGUGUGGUGAAUGUGGGAAAUCAUUUAUCUGUAAAACCCAUUUCAUUUGACACUGGAGAGUUCACACUGGUAGACCUUAUGAAUGACUUGAAUGUGGAAAAUCUUUUAGUGAGAAAUCUCUCCUUGUUCAACACCAAAAAGUUCACACUGGAGCAAAGCCUUAUGAGUGCAGUGGAUGUGGGAAAUCCUUUAGUCGGAAAUCUGUCCUCAUUCAACACCAAAGGGUUCACACUGGAGAAAAGCCUUAUGAAUGCAGUGAAUGUGGAAAAUCCUUUCGCUGCAAAACCCAUCUCAUUCGACACUGAACAGUGCACACUGGAGCAAGGCCUUAUAAGUGCAAUGAAUGUAGGAAAUCUUUUACUCAGCAUUCUAGUCUCCUCCGACACAGGAGAGCUCGGUGCAGUGAAUGUCGGAAAUCCUUUAGCUGCAAAUCUAAUGUCAGUCAACACCAAAGAAUUCACACUGGGAAAAGGCCUUGCAUACACAUUGAAUGUAUGCUUUUUCCUUCCUUAGUAUACUUCUGUUGCCCCAAAAUUGCCGGGAAAGUUGAGGGUCUUGUGGUCAACCUAGUGGAUACUACCCCACCUGGCCUUUUCCUGGGUCGUUGGCAUGGAGUGGACGAGGAAGAGGCAGCUUCUGAGCAGAGUGUUUCUGUAGCAGUGUCGCGCAUUCUUACUUCCAAGGCAGAUUCAUUGACUCAGAUGGCUCAUCCUUGUAACUUAUGUGGCCCAAUCUUGAAAGAUGUUUUGCACCUGGACGAACACAAAGAAACACGCCAUGGGCUGAAACCUUACACGUGUGGGGCGUGUGGGAGGCAGUUCUGGUUCAGUGCAAACUUUGACCAGCAUCAGAAGCUGUACAAUGUAGAGAAACUCCUAAGAGGUGACAAAGGCAAGACAUCAUUUGUUACUAACUAUAGAGCUUGUGAAGAACCUCUGCUGUCAGAGAAGCCCUUUGCAUGUAAGGAGGAGCAGAAGAACUUCCAGGUCAGUUUGGGCAGUCACCAGCAAAAGGCAACCCACAGCAAGAGGAAGACACGGAGUCCUGAGAGUGGGCUGGCUUUGCACAUUGGACAGAUGCAUUACAAGUGCAAUGAAUGUGGGAAAGCUUUCAGCCGCAAGGACACGCUUGUCCAGCACCAGAGAAUCCACACUGGAGAAAAGCCUUAUGAGUGCAGUGAAUGUGGGAAAGCUUUCAGCCGCAAAGCCACACUUAUCCAGCACCAGAGAAUCCACACAGGAGAAAAGCCUUACGAGUGCAGUGAAUGUGGAAAAGCCUUUAGCCGUAAAGACAACCUUACUCAGCACAAAAGAGUUCACACCGGAGAGAUGCCUUAUAAGUGUGGUGAGUGUGGCAAAUACUUUAGCCAUCACUCCAACCUAAUUGUACACCAGAGAGUUCACAAUGGAGCAAGGCCUUACAAGUGCAAUGAUUGUGGGAAAGUCUUCAGACAUAAAUCCACACUUGUUCAGCAUGAGAGUAUCCAUACUGGAGAAAACCCUUAUGUUUGCAGUGACUGUGGAAAGUCCUUUGGCCACAAAUACACCCUCAUUAAACACCAGAGAAUUCAUACUGAGGCAAGGCCUUUCAAGUGCACUGAAUGUGGGAAAUUCUUUAGUCGAAGCUCUGACUUUAUUGCACAUCAGAGAGUUCACACAGGUGAAAGGCCUUUUGUGUGCAGCAAAUGUGGGAAAGAUUUCAUCAGAACCUCCCACCUUGUUCGGCACCAAAAAGUUCACACUGGAGAGAGGCCAUACGAAUGCAGUGUGUGUGGGAAAUCAUAUAGCUUAAGCUCCCACCUCAUUAGGCACCAGAAAGUUCAUGUUGCAGGAAGGCUUUAGGAGUGCUUUUAACACAGCAGGACUCAUGGGGAGAGCUCUGUGACUUCCUGUAGAGAGAGAGACAUCAAAUCGUGUGUUGAACCAUGUAUAUCUAGACAUUGACAGUUGAGAGAUAGUUUAUGAAUGCCAUGUACAGGGGAAGCUUUCAGAAGCUAUGUCGCACUUUCAGACCUGCUCGGGUUCCUUGCCGAAUUUUUUAGUAUCAAUGCCUGUGGCUGAAAACAUCUCAACUCUACCCUAAUAUCCUCAGGGGGAGGCAAAACUUCAUAGUCUCUCUGUAGUCCCUGGAGGGAAUGAUAAGAAACCUGAGUUCCAGAAUUCCCUGGUGGUCCAAUGGUUAGAACUCUAUGCUCCUGAAGGCCCAGGUUCAAUCGCUUGUUGAGGAAAUAAAAUCCCACAAGCCAUGUGGCCAUAAAUAAGUAAAUGGAAACCUGAGUUAAAUGGGGGUCCUUGUUUGCUCCCCUCUGACUGGCAAAGGUGUAUGCAUGACCCAUCUUUAGCCAAGAGGAACUGAGCUGUGUUUUGGUAACAGAAAAGGUUUACUUUCUUCAUGGACAUUGUUGGUUUCACUCUCAUGUAAUACUUGUAACAUUUUUCCAGCUCCAAGUCCCCCAACCUGGAUAAUAAUUUGCUUCAUGUUGCUCUGGUUUGUGUGAUAAUAAAUACCUUAUUAUUUAAACCACCUUUAA